UCUGCUUCUGUUUUUAAAAAAGUAACUCGUCCUCCCGGUCGCCCGAUUCUCCUGUCAGAACCAGAUUGUGCUCACUGCUCAGCGCUGUGAACAACACCCAUUGUAAAUCCGAGGGAAGCUUAUGGCCGGCGAAUUACGCUCUUGCCACCGGAGUUUAUUGAGAUAUACCUUACUUUCCUGAAUUGCUUUUGCCCUUACCUCUCUCCGGCCUUCUAUUGAAGACUCUUCUCCCUACAUCCGGGUUAGUGAAGGUUUAGGUGCCAUGGGUGACACAGUUGAUUUAACCGGAGAUGGAGGGGUUCUGAAAAAAAUUGUCCGAAGAGCAAAAUCGGAUGCUGUUUCUCCAUCAGAGAGCCUCCCUCUUCUUGAUGUGUAUUAUGAAGGGAGUCUUGCGGAGACUAGCGAAGUCUUUGAUACGACCCGUGAGGAUAAUACGGUGUUCACAUUUGAGGUGGGCAAGGGAUCUGUCAUCAAGGCUUGGGAUAUUGCCCUCAGAACCAUGAAGGUCGGGGAGGUAGCUGUGAUCACCUGCAAACCAGAAUAUGCUUAUGGCACUGCAGGGUCUCCCCCAGAUAUCCCUCCAGAGGCAACACUUGUAUUUGAGGUAGAACUGGUGGCUUGUCGGCCUAGGAAAGGAUCUAGCUUGGGCAGUGUCUCUGAUGAAAAAACAAGGCUUGAGUAAGGAGCUAAAAAAACAAAGGGAGGCAUCGGCCGCCAACAAAGAGGAGGAGAAGAAGAAGAGAGAGGAAGCCAAGGCAGCUGCUGCCGCUCGUAUCCAAGCGAAGCUUGAUGCAAAGAAAAAUCAAGGCAAAGGAAAAGGGAAAGCUAAGUAGCCAUAACUGACUCAUAAUAAUUGAAGCUUCCAACAUUAUUUCGAUGAGAUGAUGUGCAUGGUGGUGUCAUGCUUUGACCUUCACUGACUCAAUAAUAUCAAAAUUUCCGUGUUCUUCUUUAUUUACAUCUCACUUGUCAUAAUUGAAGUUAAGGCUGCACAAAAUAAUUUGGUUCAACCUAAAUGAAUCAAACCAAAUUAAAAAUUG